UGUCAAAAAUCGAAAAAUCAAAGAAGCUGCAGUAGCAGUUCCUGAACCUAAAAAGCUGAGAAAUUCUAAGAGUCGUCGUAGCAGUUCAUCCCCUGAAUCUAGAAAGCUAAGAAAUUCUAAGAGUCGUUGUAGCAGUUCAUCUCCUGAACUUAAAAAGCUGAGAAAUUCUAAGAGUCGCAGUAGCAGUUCGUCCCCUGAACCUAGAAAAGAUGUCAAAUUUCUUUAA